UUUAUUGGAAUUUUGCUGUCAGAAGCCGUCCUCGCAUCUACAAAGGAACAUUUCAGCAGCAUCCUGUGUACAACGGUUACCAAACGACAGAAAAUGAAGUCGCCAUAAUCAUAAAACACAGAAAAACCUUAGUCGGGGAACAGCUAGGCAAAAUAACAAAAAAGACAGCGACUUGCCUUCGGUCCACAGCCACAAGAGUGUCCCAACAUUCAUUAAAUGUAGAUGAUAAUGGACGCUGAUUCAAACGAUGGCACGGUCUCAGAAUCCCUCGAUGGCGAAAGCAAAACGGAUGUUGCCAAACUGGCACACUCUGCGAUCAUUAAGCAGGAUGUUAUGCUCUCAGCGACCACAACCCAGUCACCCCUGGCAAGCCACAGCUCUGUGUUCACAAUACCCUCGGUAUCCAUGGGAGCAGGGGGGAUAAAUCUAUCUGACCACCUGUUCUUGCCCGGCGUUGCUGCCUUUGAUCACACCCACAAUGGGGAUGUGAAGAGUGACCAUGGUUGUAUGUCAUCCCUGUCGAACCCAAGCCAGCUGUUUGGCCAGCCCCAGGUUGCCUCCCCUCCCCAGUUCUUCCUGACAGGCAACACCCUACAGAGCCAGACCGGGGCCUCAGGACAGGUCCCUGUACAGCAGCUCCUCAUACCCGUCUCCACUGGUAAUGGUACUCAGCAGUUCAUCAGUAUUCCUGUAUCCAUGGCCACAGGGGGCAACCAGCAGAUCCAGUUGUUAACCACCUCCAACGGGCAAAUAGUGGCUACCAACCUCGCAAACCUCGCCAAUCUUUCCAACCCUCUGAGUGCUAGUCUCUCAAACUCAGUAAACAACAUGGCCGGUCAUUCCUUGCUCCACAACUCCUCCUCCCAUCAUUCGACCAAUCAAACCCUGACCAACCAGCUUGCAGCAGUGGCGCCCUCGUUGUUAGGGGCCCAGGGACACCUGUUAGCAGGGCUGGGUCAACAGCUGCUGUCACACGUGUCACUCUCCCAGGCAGACUCCCCCUCAGGCCAGGCCUCCAGCCCCGUUUCUAGCCAGGCCCAGGCUAUGCUGCACUCCAUACAGCAGACCCUGUCGGCGGCCAGUGGGGGUCACGGAGGUCACAACGGCCUCACCCUCCAGCCCUCCCUCACCGCACGAUCCAUUGGCCAGACCCUCAACUCAUCUCAGCUUAAGGCACUUGGCGUGAAUACAUCUGCCAAUACUGCACACAUUCUGGGAAAGAUAUCCGAGAUCGGAGCCUCUGGACACACGACUUCCGCCAUAAAUUUGGCCAAUCAGAUUCUUGCUACCAGGGUCACCUCCACCCAGCUCAUUAAUCAUGUGCCAUCUUCACUGGAGGGUCUUAUGCCAAAUACAGUGGGUAACUCGACAGAAAGUACGACAGUGGAUGGGAUCAACCUGGACGAGAUCAAAGAGUUUGCCAAGCAGUUCAAGAUCCGCCGCCUCUCCCUAGGCCUCACACAGACCCAGGUCGGCCAGGCCCUGAGUGCCACAGAGGGGCCAGCAUACUCACAGUCAGCAAUAUGUAGGUUUGAAAAGCUGGACAUUACACCGAAGAGUGCCCAGAAGAUCAAGCCUGUGCUGGAGCGCUGGAUGGCCGAGGCAGAGGAGCGAUACAAGAAUGGCAUGCAGAACCUCACAGAGUUCAUAGGCAGCGAGCCGUCCAAGAAACGCAAGCGGCGCACGUCCUUCACUCCACAGGCGCUCGAGCUGCUGAAUAAGUUCUUUGAGAGGAAUACUCAUCCUUCAGGUGCAGAGAUGACAGAAUUAGCGGACAAGCUAAAUUAUGACCGAGAAGUGAUUCGUGUCUGGUUCUGCAACAAAAGACAGGCCCUAAAAAACACUAUCAAAAAGCUAAAACAGGAAGGCCCUGGUUUGGGCUCCUAGUUUUUUACUACAUGUCACUUGUGGUGCAAAAAAGUGGCACUAAAUAAUUAUCAUUUGGCUUUCUCAUUGUCAUAUAUUCCUUUAAAACUGUCACUAAUUGGGACCAUGUGUCAGGAAGUGUUCCAUGUUUUUACAAAGAAAAAGUAGCAAUUUAUGUACUGGUGCAAUAAUUAUAUUUGAAUUUGUAAGAUGAAAUCUGAUUGGUUGACUAAUGGAAUAUAGCAAAUGUAAAUGUCAAUUGAUUUGCUAUGUCAGUUAUUGUUCAAUGAUUAAAGUCUAGGUUACGAAUAGUUUUAUUUGUGUUAGGAUGUAAAAUAUUCAUGUUCUCCAGUGUUGUUGUGCUUAGUGAUAUUUAGAUUUUUUAAAUGAAGUUGUACAGGUAUUUAUGUUUUAAUUUAUUAAAUUAUUUAUUCGAUAUAAGCAUUUAGUUGGAGAAGAAUGUUAUAUUGUUGUGUGUUUUUAAGUACCAAAUAUGGUUGUGACAUAAUGUUGCACUAGGUAUUCAGCAGACAGCAGCUUGUCAUGAAAUCAUAUCAAUCUUUGUUUAGCUUUGUACAACGUAAAUGCAUGUUUGUGUUAUGACAAAUUCAAUUUUAGCAUUAUAAUUAUGAUUAUUGUUACUAAUGUUGGUGCAAAUUCGAAUAUUAUUAUACGUAUUGUCAAAAGCAAUAUUCAUGACGUUAAAUAUUCACAUAUUUUGUCAAAAAUUUAUACAAUGUUUUGGUUGAUAUGUGUUUAACAAGAACUUAUAACUAUGGUAUUUGUAAUCACAUAGCAAUUCGAAAUGUACUAAAUUGUGACCAAUCAUGUCCACCACAAAUAAAUCUGAUACUGCGUAACCAAUUAUAAAACUCAACUAAAUGCUUUUAGCAUUAAUGGAUUUCAUAUUAUCGUGUUUAUUGUUCAUGUCUGUGUUUGUAAAAGAAAAUGUUUAUCUUUGUUGAUGUAAUCUAAUUAGCUGUUACGGAUCCAUGUAGUCAAUCAUCGUUGUUCUUUAUUCGUUCUGCCAUAAAAUGAAGGAGUUGUAGUAUUUUGUGUUUGUAAAAGUGAACAAUCCUCUGUCCUCAAUUGCUAAUUUGAAUGAUAGGGUUAAACAAAAAUUUAAAAAAAUAUGGAAAUAAAAGUAUGUUUUUAAAAUCAUAUUGUGAAGCAAUAUAUUUAAAUAGUCAAAACUAUCAAAAUGUGUUAUGAAAUAUUGUUUAUAAAGUUUGUAAAAAAAAUUUUAUUUCAGAAUCAUUUAAUGAGUUUUAAGUCACCAUUCCAUUCCAGAUUGUAUACUGAAUAUAACAAUUAUCAAUUACAACAACAUGACUCAAAAUUAUUAUUGGUUAGUAUUGAUUCAAGAAGAUGGAUGUUAUCCUAAAGUAGAUUGAGCUCAGAGGACAGGUGCUUUUUCUGCCAUAAUCAUGUUUGUAUUAUUUUAUGUUAAAUCUCAGCAGAGUUCUGAUCUCAGUCAUUGCGUUUCAUACUCUUUCCAUACUCAGUUGUUUUGUGUUCAUUUCCAAGUCUGUAUCAUUCUCUAGCAAGAUUACCUCUGUCAUUGUUUUGCCAGUAAAACGUCUAGGGUCAUUUAGCAGCAUUUUUAGUCUACUCAAUUUGCAUUUAUUUUUAGGGCUAUGAACUUUGUUCGAAGCAUAAACAGCUUUUGAAAACUUGCUUUACAUAAUAUCUCUCAAUGAAUGCUUUCAACUGGUAAAUUGGGAUUCUUUUGAAAACUUGCUUUACAUAAAAUCUCUCAAUGAAUGCUUUCAACUGGUAAAUUGUGAUUCUUUUGAAAACUUGCUUUACAUAAAAUCUCUCAAUGAAUGCUUUCAACUGGUAAAUUGUGAUUCUCUUUUAUUCCACCAUUUUUUUUAAACAAUAUCCAAUCCAAGUUGUGAUUCUUGUUUCAUGUACAAUGCCUUUAAUUUAUUUUUAUUCAGUUGAAGUUUAACACAUAACAUAUCUGUAAUCAGAGUAUUUAUAUAAUUCUUGUUAUAUAGAUUUAACUGUUUGUUAUUCUUGGUAUCUCAUAUGGGCUGAAUAAGACAGAUUGUGUUGAGCACAAUUUUUUUUAUCUAGCAAUAAAGUGAAAAAAGCUGUAAACCGAUUAUAUGAUUGUUUACUUCAAAUAAUACCAAUCUUUACUUGUAGAUUAGAAGUGAACAGACUUUAUGGAAGAUAUGAAACAGUUCAUUUAGGGAUAGAUUAAGAAAAUUUACCAGUAACACACCCAAUAUGUGUUCAUCAUUUUAUACCAUUGUUAAUGAAGUUGAAUUAUUAGUGUUUGUAAGUAUUGAACAUUAUGAAAACCUUAUGUGCAUUUUUAGUCUGUAUUUUAAUAUAUUGGUUGGUUGGUAAUUUUUGUUAACGUUUUCAUUAUAUAUUUUAAAAUUUUGAUCAAUUUAAGCUUUUAUAACUUUUAAAGGUUUCUUUAUACCUGUUGAGCUAAAAUUUAAAAUAGCUAUUUAAGUUUGUACUUAUCCAUUUAAUACCAUUUACAGUACACAAAUAUAUUUAUUUUGUUUUGGUUACACGAGUAAUUGUGCUCAUUUUCUUUGUUUGAUUUUUGUUUGGUUUUGCUUCACAUGAUCAUCGAUUCGUUAUUUAUUUCUGACAUAACAUGUGUGCCUUCUUAGUUUUUAAGGGCUUGCUGUUUUAAAGCUGCAAAUAAGUGUAGUAUUAAUAAGACCACACAUUUUAUAAGUGAGAACUGUUUUGGCCAUUUUUUUUAGUUUUGGACUUUGUAUUUGAAUAUGUACAAUAUAUCUAGUCAAUAUAGCGGUCAUUUAUUUGUAAGUUUUGUAUAACUGUCAAAUGAUAUGUGCAACAUGUAUUACAUGUAUCACUCAUGCAUCAUUAGAGUCGUGUUCUGAGAAAACUGGGCAUAAUGCAUGUGCGUAAAGUGUCGUCCCAGAUUAGCCUGUGCAGUCCGCACUGGCUAAUCAGGGACAACACUUUCCGCUUUUAUGGUAUUUUUAGUUUCAAGGAAGUCCCUUCUUACCAAAAAUCAAGUUUGGGCGGAAAGUGUCAUCCCUGAUUAGCCUAUGCGGACUGCACAGGCUAAUCUGGGAUGGCACUUUACGCACAUGCAUUAUGCCCAGUUUUCUCAGAACAAGACUCAUUAAUACUUUUAAAGCAAAUUUAUGCAUAUUACUUGUAUACAUUGUUCAGUCAUUUGUUAUGUCCAACUUACGCAUUGAUCAAUGUACAGUCAUACUUUUUCUUAUGUUUUGCAAAUUAACCAAUAAUUAGUUACAUCCCAAAGUAUAGGGUUAAUGUGGAGCUUUUAUAAUAACGUGUUUUCUGUCAUCUAUCAGUGUUUUUGUGCAAAAAAUAUGUAUUUUAACAACAUUUCUCAAAUCCCAUGACAGAUUUUUACAAAACUUCACAGGAAUGAUCUUAAGGUGACCCUCCUUCAAAGUUGUUCAAAUCAUAACAGUCUGUAGCAUAGUUAGUCACCAGAGCUAAAAUAGAUUUUGAUAAAUCAAAACUUCAAUACUCUUCUCAACCAGAAAGGUCAGGGGUUUAACAUUUGGUUUUACGACAUCGUUUGGUGGUUCUCUGCUACGUUUGUUCCAGUCAUGCCCUUGGGGCCAAAAUGGCUAAACCUGAGGGGUCAAAUGAUUUUGUAGACGUAGGUGUAAAAAUAACUUAAAAUCUUCUUCUCUAAAGCAACAAAACUCAGGGGUGUAACAUUUGGCAUAAAACAUCUUAUGACGAUCCUCUACCGGGUGUUUUAAAAUCAUGACCCAGUGGUCAAAAUUAAAAAUUGCUUGAAAUAUUUGUUCUUACUCUAUCUUGGCUAAUUUCUAAAAUGAUUAUGAAAACAUAACAAAAGCUGCUCUGAACAGUUUGGUUUGUUUUGGUCCUUUGUAAGUGGCUAAGGCCUUUCAGGUCCUCUUGUGAACAUGCUUGCUAGAGUAUCAACUAAUUUUUGAAUGAAAAUACGUGUUAAAUACAUGUUUAAAUAUUUUCACCUUAAAUUUGUUGUUUCUGUAAUUGAAAAGUUCCAAGACAAAAAAGCAAUUGAGGCUUGCGAGUUAAAAAAUGGUACUGUUAUGAAUCAUUUUAUAACAUAUGAAUGCCUAUUUAUUAAGUGUAUGCUUUUAGUUGUUACAGAAUAAUCAGUCCAUUUAACUGCUGGAUACUUUUUAUGCCCCCGGAUCGAAUGAUCCGGGGUAUAUUGUUUUUGGCCUGUCUGUCUGUCACUGUAUCUGUCCCAAAAUUUUAACCUUGGUCAAAACUUUUGUAAUAUUGAAGAUAGCAACUUGAUAUUUGGCAUGCAUGUGCAUCUCAUGGAGCUGGACAUUUUGAGUGGUGAAAGGUCAAGGUCAUCCUUCAAGGUCAAAGAUCAAAUAUAUGGCUUCAAAGCAGCGCAGUUGGGGGCAUUGUGUCACAAACACAGCUCUUGUUUGAGUUAAUAUCACUUUAACAGUAUUGCUUGGUAAUUUUUCAGACAAUGUAUUUAGUAAAAAUUAAUAUGGUUUUGUUUAAUUGAAAUAAGAUGAAAUUUUGCCUUUUGUGUCGAUCUUACUUGUAGAAAUAAAAGCAUUAGAAUAAUAAAAUAAUGAAUUAUAAUCUUCGCAAUAGUUACAGUAACAGUAGAUAUUUUUACGUAAGAAAAUGGUUUUCUUGCCAUCUCAUUUCUUCCUAUGACAGUCUCUCUCUCUCUUCACCUGUCGUCACCUCUUACAGUAAGAUGCUUGUUUUAUUUAUGUUUUGUAACCUAAUUUUGCGAUCGAUACUUAACUUAAACUGAUUGCAUCUCAUAUGGAAUAUAAUUUGUAAUUCUGUGUUUGAAAAUUAAGAAUAAAAUAUGCAUAUGUUUUUCAUUAAGUGUUUUGUACUGAAUAUUAUGUAUCAUCUCAUUUUUGACAGAGUGUUGUUUCUUCCAUGUCAUAUAUACAUAUAUGAACAAUUUGUGUUUUAUAUGUGCGUUUUACAUCUUUUUUUUAAAACAAUUUUGUUGAAAUGUGCAAUUAUUAUUUAUAUUGAAUUCCAGUGGAAUAAAACUGUUAAAGUAUAAA